GUGGAGGGGACAGUCUGUCAGGUUGUAGCUCAGAAAUUCUUUGCCACAGCUUUUUGUGAAGGAGCUUCAAUGGCGGGGAAGGGGGGCUCAGGUGCGAAGGGCCAGGCUGUCGGUGGGGAUGGCUGCACGCUGACGGAAAAGAUAACCAAAAUAGACUUGAACAGUGGGUCUCUGUUGGAAAGCAUGAGCAGUGGUUCUACGUCCCAAAAUCAGGGGGCAAACCAGCAGAAACCAAAGCAGCAGAAGCAACAGACUGAAGAUAUCUCUGACUCUAACUCUUCUGAAGUGGCUAACGAUCUCAACGCUGGAGGUGCCGGCUCAUACAAACAUUUGAAAAACAGAAGAUUGUCUGAGAGAGAUGAUUGCUAUAAAUGCUGCAUGGAGGCAGAUCACAUCCCACCGCUGGACUCUUGGAAGAGGGCCAGACAGCAUCCUGAGUUUGAUUCUCUGAAAUAUAUUAACCCGGCUCUUCAUAAGAUGGCGUGCAGCUUGGAAAAUGACAAGACAGGACAAAACUUGCUCGCCAUUGAGGUGCCGACGCAGUCCCACAGAGUCAACCUCACCACUGGCAACAGCAAAAUAUCCCAAAGCGUAAGGACUCUGCUGGCUGACUACAUCGUCCUAGGACAGGCGGAGAGGAUGCUGAAGCUCGCCUUCAUCGUGGCUCAUCCUGUCGCCUCCAAUCAAAUACGAAAGGAUGCAGGUUUUCCCGAGAAAGAGUGCGAGGGGAUCGUUGAGUUUAGGGAAGAACGAAUCCUGAAGAUCUACAGGAAGGGUUUCCUGGAGCUGCUGGAGCUCUACCACGAGAAGAAGGUCAUCAACCAAGAAGAGCUGGAACGCCUCACAGAGUUUGUGGAGAACAAAAGGUUUCUCCAGAGAGAAUCUGACGAGUACAAAGAAAUACUUGGAGAUGUAAAAAAAAACAUACCUGAUCAACCAAACAAACAAAAAUAAACAAACAAAGUUCAUUGGAAUAUAGAAAACCAUAAAAUUAUAACUUCUACAUAAAAAACGAUCUCUAGCCAUCUUAUUAAAAUAUUAAUAGAACUCAUUACACAAAUAGAAAAAUAUAUAAAUACAC